AUGGGAUCUGCAAGUGGGUUUUACUCAAACGAAGGGUUUGAAUUGGAUCCUAAAUGGCUGGUUGAUCCUCGUCAUCUCUUUGUUGGUCCCAAGAUCGGCGAAGGAGCUCAUGCCAAAGUUUAUGAGGGAAAGUAUAGAAACCAAACAGUGGCGAUUAAGAUCAUCAAAAGAGGAGAGUCCCCUGAAGAGAUUGCCAAAAGAGACAGCCGGUUUGCAAGAGAGAUUGCCAUGUUGUCUAAAGUCCAGCACAAGAACUUAGUCAAGUUCAUUGGAGCGUGCAAAGAACCUAUGAUGGUUAUAGUCACCGAGCUUCUACUAGGCGGUACAUUGCGUAAAUAUCUAGUCAGCUUGCGGCCAAAGCGUUUGGAUAUACGUUUGGCUGUAGCGUUUGCUCUUGACAUUGCUCGUGCUAUGGAAUGUUUGCAUUCCCAUGGAAUCAUUCACCGCGAUCUCAAACCAGAGAAUUUGAUCUUAUCUGCGGAUCAUAAAACCGUAAAACUCGCUGAUUUCGGUUUAGCGAGAGAAGAAUCAUUAACCGAAAUGAUGACCGCAGAGACUGGUACAUAUCGUUGGAUGGCCCCUGAGCUAUACAGUACGGUUACACUAAGACAUGGAGAGAAGAAACAUUAUAACCAUAAAGUAGAUGCUUACAGCUUCGCCAUCGUCUUGUGGGAACUCAUCCUCAACAAGUUACCAUUUGAAGGCAUGUCUAAUCUACAAGCAGCCUAUGCCGCUGCCUUCAAGAACUUGAGGCCUAGUGCAGAGGAUUUACCAGGGGAGUUAGGGCUGAUAGUGACAUCAUGCUGGAAAGAAGAUCCUAACGAACGGCCAAACUUCACUGAGAUAAUUCAAAUGCUCCUCCGUUACCUCUCCACCGUUUCCCCUCCGCAGAUCGUUCCUCCUCCGGUGAGACGUGUUUUCUCGUCGGAAAACGUGGUUUUCUCACCGGAUUCUCCUGGAACUUGUUCGCUGAUGAAUGUGAGAGAGAAAGAUGGUUCAGGUCAGAACGUUAACGCUGCUGAUUCGUCGGAGAAGGAAACAAAAGGAAGCUUCUUCUUCUGCUGCUCAUAG